AUGGCCACAGUGACUGAGAGUCCGCAGAGAGCUCCUCUGCCUGCUAACGGUCAUGCCGAUCUGAUUCCGAAUCGCAUUGUACCUAUCCCAACCCCGACCCCGACCAUCCAAAUGUCUGCUCCAUCUCCCGGUGAGCCUAUGGAGAUCACCUCCUCCAACAACGCCAGCACUACCUCUCCUUCGAGCAAGAACAACGACACAGACGCCAACGGCGCAUCCAAGCACACGUCGCCUACAGACCAAUCCGCGCAUAACUCGAUCGCCAUGCCCGCCGCGCCCGCAGCUGCGGCUGCGGCUGUGCACCAGCCAAAGAUUGUACAGACAGCUUUCAUACACAAGUUGUACAGUAUGCUGGAGGACCCCAGCAUACAGCACUUGAUAUCAUGGUCAGCGAGUGCUGAGAGCUUCGUUAUGUCACCGUCCGCGGAUUUUUCCAAGGUCCUCGCUCAAUAUUUCAAACACACCAACAUAUCCUCCUUUGUCAGACAAUUGAACAUGUACGGGUUCCACAAAGUAAGCGACGUUUUCCACACUACAAAUCCCGAGACCGCUUUGUGGGAAUUUAAACAUGGAAACGGCAACUUCAAGCGAGGCGAUCUGGUUGGACUCCGUGAAAUCAAGCGGCGAGCUUCACGUCAUGCUCUUGUCCACCGGGAAUAUCCCAACUCAAAGCCGAGCCCUUCACAGCCCGGAACACCUGCGGAACCGAUGCCUCCACCAAGCGAUGGCUCCGAAAUGCGUAUGCCUGGACUCGAGCAUACGCUGUACGACCUCAGCAUGCGACUGCAGAGAAGUGAAGAGAAUGCCCAUUACAUGCACAUCAAGCAGCAAGCGGUGAUGGAGACAAUGUCGCGACUGCUCCAGUUCAACCAAGAGUUAUCGAGAACGGUCCUCAGUCUCGUCCCUAGUCCCGACAACCCAGUGCACCGGGACGUUCUGAAUUUGCAAUCGGAAAUGGCAAGACAGGCCGACAUGCUCCGAACUAUUGAUGAUCCCCAGGAGUCGCCGUUCGCAAGCAGUCGAGCGUACUUCACCAACGUGGAGAAUGCACCAGUUUCGCCGCGGCAGUUACCCCAAGAUGACCCGAGACGAAAUGCAAAUCUUGCUGUUCCCCAGCCCAGAGGGCAGAACUUCUACCGUCCUCCUGUGCCUUCAAAUCUUUCGAUCAGCACGCGAAGGCCCUAUGGCUCUAUUGGUGGUGGAUCAGUUGGCGGUGGUUCAGUGCCACAGGCCUCAUCUCCCUUGCGGGGGGCGCCGCCUCCGCCCCCUCCGGGGCCGCAUCCCUUGGCCCAGGUUGAGGCGCCUCCUGGAAGUCUGGCAAGACGUCACACUUCGGCUGAUAUACGUGCACACGGGUGGCAGCCCAGUGCUCCGCCGCCGUUUGCUUCAGGACCUCCAUCAGGACCGCCUUCCGGUCCCUGGCCAUCUUCGCCCAGUCGACUCGCCCCCGAGGACCAGCGUCUUAGGGAGUCGCUGUCCACCUACUCGCUGCAAAACGCGACCCAAGUACGACCUCUAUCGCGACCGACCACACCUCCUGGCGCGCCCUUCUCGAAUGGCGGCGGAGGGGAUACCUUUGGCAACUGGUCGUGGAACUCGGCCAACCGGGACAACAAGAAUUUGGCCAUUAGGGAUCACUCAGGACCACCUACGCGCCGCGGAAGUAUGGCGCAUAUCCUCAACCCGACCGACACGGCUGAGCGGGACGACGAGGACGAAGAUCCCCGAGGCGACGAUGAUCGGAAGCGCAAGCGUAUGCAGUGA